AUGGGUACCCUUCGGAUAGGUGUCGCGACCCUUUCGCGCAGGAAAGGGAUUGGCGCACUGUGGACUCUCUCAACGCCAUUCCCAUCGGCCUCGACGCCGGCAGUGACAGCAUCAUGUGUCUUAUGCCAAUGGCGCACAUUCAGCACAACCGGACGUAUCCGGCGGGAUACGAAGCCGACGAUUGCUUCCAAAGCCAAAGCCGGCACCAGCACCCCUUCCGCACAGCCGGAAGCGCUGGCAGAGGCUGGAGCUGAAGCUAAAGAAGCCGCUCCGCCAAAGGUCAAUGCUUUGCCAAACGCGCCACGCUCUUAUGGCAAGCGAACCGACGAGUUCACGCCGACGCCUCUCCCACGGCCAAUCGGCAUGCCGGCACCACCGAUGGCGGGUGAGAACAGCGGUAUCGAUGCGCGGACGCUGCAGCAGAAGCGCGACGAUUUUGUCAACUACGAGAAGCACCUCGAGCGCCGCAAAGAGCUCAAGACCAAAAUUGUAAAGCCGUACUUCCGAGACUGGACCAACCUCCAGUUCCAAGAGGGCAAGACCUUUAUUGCGCCUCCACGCCUGUUCCGGAGCGACGUGUCCCUCUACUUUCCAAACCUCGUGGGCCAGCCCCUGCUGUCAGCUGACAAGGCCAGGUCCAAGGACACAGAAGUCAGCACCACGCCGAUUUUUGAGCAGAACGCCGCCACGGUCGUGGCUUUUUUCAGCAGUAUGUGGGCCGAGAACCAAGUGCGCACGUUCAUCUCGCCCGAGGAGAAUCCGGAGCUGGCCGAGGUGCUGGCGGCCAACAGCGGGCCCGGCAAGGCACAGCUGGUACAAAUCAACUACGAAGACAAUGCAAUGCGCGCCUGGCUGGUGCGCCUGUUCCGCGGCUCGCUGCGCAAACGCGUCAACAAGCGGGAUCGUGAGCGGUACCUUCUGGUGAGACAGGGUGUCACGGAUGACAUCCGUGAGAACAUUGGCCUGCUCAACAGCAAGGUCGGCUACAUCUACCUUUUGGAUCAGCAAUGUCGUAUCCGUUGGGCCGGCAGCGGUUCGAGCCAGCCGGAGGAGCGCCAAAGUCUCGCCAAGGGUGUCCAGCGUCUGCUGUCCGAGGCCAAGAAAUAA